CAAUUAUACACUGCAUUAAUCUGCAAAUGAUGCCAUGUCAUUGAAUUGUAAACAAAGUAUUUCUGUUACUUGUUUAAAAUUCGGACAACAGGUUUAAGUGCUGGAAAGGGGUUCGUGAUGGGAGAUGACAUGUACAACUCAAUUUUACACGGCAGUCUUAACAACCUCCCAACCCUAAAUUCACGUCUUGUUCGCAUCUUCGUGAGCUCAACAUUCACAGAUACAAGAGAGGAGCGCAAUGUUUUACUGGAGGAAGUUUACCCAAAUCUUAAGUCCAUCUGUAAGGAGAAAUAUGGAAUGGACUUCCAGCUUGUGGAUAUGCGGUGGGGUGUGCCUAUCGAGGCUUCCGAUGACCACCUGGCUACUGACCUGUGUCUUGACGAGAUACGAAACUGUCAGAAACUCUCCACUGGACCAAACUUUGUGACAUUUCUGAACCAGAAGCACGGUUUUCGACCCCUGCAAGCUUCCAUCGUGGCCACCGAGUUUCAAAUGCUGUGUGAUGCACUCAAGGAACUCGGAAAAGACACAUCCCAGCUCAAACAAUGGUAUAAGAAAGACGAGAACCAAGUUCCCCCUGUCUACAUCCUCCAGCCAAUCAGCACCUACAUUCCUGGUUACAGAGACAAGAGUAACCAGUCUGCGAGAGAGGAGUGGGACACAGUCUUCAACCAUCUAAGGGAGAAUUUGCGGACGGCCAGUCGAACCUCCCACCAGCAAGGCAAACUUAGCAAGGAGGACAUGCACAAAUACUAUAUGUCAGUGACAGAGGCUGAGAUUGCUAGUGGAAUCCUCAGGCUCCCGGACAGUGCGGCAGAUCACUGCCUGUGCUUUGUACGCAUUAUCGAAGACAUCACAAACCAUCUGGAUCACAGCAAGGCUUGGAGAUUUAUCGAUGUGCUCACCGAAAAUCAGCGCGCCCUGGAUAAUGAGGCUCAGACAAUCCUCGGGGAACUAAGAGAUGAUAAGAUAGUGAAAAAACUCAACAACUUCAAUAUUUCCAGGCAUGUUGUGAAAUGGAGUGAAAAAGAUGGAAUAAAUCGUCUCGAUCAUGAAGAGUAUCUGAAUGCCUUCAAGCAAUCGUUCUUCGACAGUAUGGUGGCUAAAAUCGACGCUGCUGUCAAUCGAGAGAAAUCUUUGAAUACUGAUGAGAUUUACAUCGAGGUACUACAACACUUAAGUAUGGCACGAGAGCGAUGUGAAAUGUUCCAUGGUCGAGAGGAGAUAUUGGAGAUGAUCUCCGAAUAUCUCCAUGGCAAUGAGCAGCAGAUUCUCGUACUUUACGGACAAUCAGGCUGCGGAAAAACCUCCAUAAUGGCUCAAACCAUCAAACUGGUGGCGGGCAUGUUCAAGUCGGUGGCUGUGGUCGUACGUUUCCUGGGAACAUCUCCACACAGCAGUAAUCUAUGGCGACUGUUACGAAGUCUUUGUGAGCAGAUCACAGCCUGUUACGGCAAGGAUAAAUCAGAGAUCCCAGAGGAUUUUGAUGACCUCAAAGACUACUUCCUGAAGUCUCUCAAGUUUGCGACUCCCACAAAGCCACUGGUGCUCAUACUCGACUCCCUCGACCAGCUGACGAGUGAACACAACUCCUACAAGCUCCAUUGGCUCCCUCGUAAACUUCCUGCAAACGUUCGCUUCCUCGUGUCCACGUACACUGAAGCCUCAAACUUGUUAGACACACUACGUCUGGUCUUCAGUGGACAUGUUUUUGUCCAAGUGCCGGUUUUCUCCCAAGUGUUGAGCACCGAGGUUUUGACGGCCUGGCUGAAGAAUAAGAAGCGAACUUUAACGAAGGAACAGUUUGGUUUUGUGGAAGAGGUAUUCAAGAAAUGCUCAUUGCCGCUGUUUGUGAAGUUGACUUACGACCAGGUGCUGCUGUGGAAGUCGUACACUCCAUCAAAUCUCUGCCAGCUCAGUUUCACAGUUCAACAGAGCAUCCAGACUCUCUUCUCACAGUUGGAGAAAAAGCAUGGUGUUACCAUGGUUACCAGAUCUCUGUCAUAUGUGACAGCAUCAGCGUCAGGAAUUAGCGAGACAGAGCUGGAAGAUUUGCUCUCUCUGGACGAUACAGUUCUCACCGAUGUGUUUCAAAUCCAUAUCCCUCCUCUCAGACGAAUCCCCCCACUGCUUUGGGUCAGAAUUCGGCACGAUAUUUCACAAUAUCUUGUUGACAAGGAAGUAGAUGAGGUUCGAUCGUUCUUCUGGUACCAUAGACAGUUCUUUGAAACUGCAAAAAAACGCUAUUUGUCAGACAAGGUAUACAAACAGGAAAUACAUUCACUGAUGGCAGAUUACUAUCUUGGUAAAUGGUACGGAAUAAAAAAGCCAUUUCGGUACACACCAGAACAGAUGAAGAAAAUUGGAAUUACCUCCCCUGAUGAUGAAGCGGAUAGAAAGAUAUCUGCGCAACCAUUGAUCUACAGCAAGGAGGGAAAGAUUGUUCGGUACAACAAAAGGAAAUUAAACAAGCUGCCGUACCACCUGUACAAAGCAAACAGAGCGGGUGAGGUUCGAUCAGUCUGCUUGUUUAACUACAACUGGCUGCUGAACAAGAUCAAAGCAGUUUCGUUGCAGGAUGUUUUACUUGACUACACCCACUUCGGGGAGAACAAUGGAAUCAUACACAAAGCACUGAAAGCUGGGAAGUCAACUCUGAAGCUGUUCCCAGAAACUAUCGCCAUUGAGCUGUGCGGUCGUCUGCUUGCUCUACUUCAGACAAAGACAGAAAAACAUGAAACAAAGCUUCUAGAAGACUCUAUGCAAGCAUCUGCUAAACAGUGCAGACUGGUACCAUAUGUCUCCUGUUACACCAUACCCAGUCAGUCUGAGCUGUAUUCUAUUGAAAAUUCACAGGUACCAGUCAAUGCAUAUAUUUCAGAUAUUUCCAGCGAGUCUUCACAUUUUGCGACUCUAGCUGAACAAAACACUGUAAUGAUCUGGGAUUCAGAAGUGGGUGAGUUAGAAACUACAGUGACUCUGAUCAGCACUGAUGAGGCAAACCUAAACGUUAUGAAGAAACCUUCCGGAAAAGAUGUUGUCAUAGUUGGUACCACUCAUCAGGAAAAAUUGAACCCGGUGUUUGUGGUCAAUAUUAAUAAUGGCGAGGUCGAACACCGUCUGAUGCUGGAUAAACUUUACAAAAAGAUUGUUUUCAAUGACCAACUGCAUUUUAGCGUAACUGACAAGCUUCUAUUGGUGCAUGUGAACAACCAAGCUGCUGAUGUAUUUGAUCUGAAAUCGAGCAAACUUCUCCAUGAAUUUGAUGGUGAGCCUGAUCAAGCCAUUUUUGUUGCCAUGGAUACCAUGUUGGUGUUACAUCCAACGAAAACAAACUUCUACAAAAUUUACAGAUCAGACACAUUUGAGCUGGUUCACCAAGUGAACUGCAAAGGAACUCCGAAAUCACUGUUUAUCAAUGACAAAACAACACUGGGGUGCGUUGUGAUGGAAAAUUUGCCAGAUAUGUUGAUACUGAAUCUGGAAGAAGGCAGCCAAUUGGGCAACCAGAAGGGUCACGUCAAUGUGGCUAGCAUGUCGAAAACAAAAAACCAGCGGGUGACAAUGGAAGCGGGAGUUGGCCUUGUCACUUCUUUGGAGGGCUUUUUGGUGUUUGAUGUAAAAAGCUUGAAGAAAUUGAGGGAAAUUAAAGUACCAGAUCAGUUCAAACCUAGGUACAGAGUUCUGGACUUUGAUGCUGUUUUAACCCCAGAUCAGGCUUACAUUAUUGCAGGUUACGAUCGGCAUUUAAUUGUCUGGGAAACAAAGACAGGAAAACUCGUUGAUUCCAUUGAGGCAACUCGGAGUCGUAUAUCCCAUCUGAAAAUUUCACCGGACGGCAAAUAUGUGAUACAGACGAAUGGCAGAAAUAACCAAAUUACUGCCUGGAGUGUGGAAGCAUUGAAGAAAAACAUACACAGUUACAAACCCUUGUCCUUAUCCAACAGUGCUCGCUACAUGUGUGUUAACCGAGAAGGGACAGUUGCAGUGACACGGAGCAUCAAUUCCACAGAUUUCUCCGUGAUUGAUGUCAUACAGGGUACGAAGCGCUGUGAUAUCUCGCACGAUUUUGAAGGCAUGUGUCCAUUUGUUACUGAAGAUGGGAUAUAUGCCGUCAUCAGGGAAUAUAAUUCAGAAAACUGUCUGAAAGUCUGGGAUACUGUCAGUGGGGAAAUGGUCAGCCAAGUCGCAGUUUCCAGUCUGUAUUUGAAAGCUUACAUCCUUGGCACAAAGCCUGAAAACAUGGUUGUCAUGGUAGAAAACGAUGCCACACAGCAAAACAUACUGACAUUCUACAAUUUACCAUCAGCAACCGAAACGGGGAUCAGUGUCACUCUAGGAAAAUACAACAUGUUGCAGAUAUUUUUUGCCGAUCAUGACAAAUAUCUGUUUGUUGGGAUUGAGGAGCACACUGACUCUGGAGUUAAGAUUUACACGAAGGGGUAUUCAGUUUCUACAGGAAAGGAAAUCAUGGUUUACCCCAAGAUGCACCCAAAGAAGGUUCAAAUGAUCACACCCGAUAGUGACUGUAUAAUGGGGCAAAGAAUUCAUGUGGAUAAAAAUGGCAAAGAAUCAUGGGAACUCGCUGUGCUAAAAAUAGAAACUGGGGACGCCAUUGCUACAUGCAGGGAUUGCCCAGAAAGUGUGCUGUACAUAGGGAACAAGGGGCAAUAUGGGAUAGAUAGGAAGCGAUUUGUGUAUGACAUUAAGAAAGGGAAGAGGUUAUUCCAGUUUGACCCAGAAUGCGAAGAAUCAAAAAGCACUCCAAAACCGAAACUUACGAAAGAUGAGAAGCUGGCUCUAUGGAUUGACAUGAAAUCUGGAUUGGUAAAACUUGGAAAUGUUGAAACACAAGAGUUGAUUGGAAUGGCGCCAACACACAGCUUAGUGUUGAAUCUAGAAGUCACUCCCAAAGGAAUCAUUCUGGUAGGGUGUGAGGACGGAAGGAUUAUGCUGCUACAGAUCGUUGAUGGUGGGAAAAACAAGGAUGCGUUAUUCCAUGGGGUGUUCACCCGAUCUAUGAAACGUGGGCUUCAAAUGCGGGACAGUCUUCUACAAUCACUGAAACCAGGGAAAAAAAUUGAAAGGGCUCCUGAGACAUCUCAGCAGAGGGACGGGGCAAAGACCAGUAAAACUUGCUCACUACUGUAGCAUAGCAUGACGGGGAUGUUGUUGUGGAAAUAAGCUGUUAUAUUUCUGCUCAAUGUAGAAUCUCUGUAUUGUUUUCCAGUGUUAUUGAACUCGUGACAAAAGGUUAUAUGCCACAUUUAAUUUAGUUUAUAGUUUAUGCUAAUUUGUUUUAGCUCCAUUGUGAAGAUUUGAAUCAAUCUCUCCUCUGUUUCCUAGGAAGAAAGCAGUACUGGGAUCCUUUUUGAGAGGGGAUGAGAACUUCUUGCAUACCGGAUGUGUGUUUCCGGUCAUGUGACCAGUGCUGGAAUAACCCAUCUUACACCCCAAAUGUAAGAUGAGUCACACGCAACAAGCGCCACUACUUAUUUCUUUUAGUGUAAAGUUUGUGAUCGGCAAACCUCGUUACCAGCUUACGUGCGAGCUCUCUGGUCGGAUUUUUCUAUCCGUAUUUGAAACACAUGAUAGAUACUUAUAUUAUGCCUGGUGGGGAUCAAACCACAAACUCUUGGGUGAACCAGUCACCUAUACAACUAGACCACUCUGUAGCAUAGAAUAAUGGCCAUGUUGUCCUAGUGGGAUAGGUGUCCAUGCCCCUCAAGAGGUCAAAGUCUCAAGACCUGGGGAGAGCACUUACUCAUGAUGAACAUCAGUUCUGAUUUAUACUGAGGAAACGUGCUCAAACACGCUGACUUUGUUGUUAACUUUUAAAUUUGAAAUAUUUUAUCCUGAUCUUGUAUAUAUGCAUCAAACACAUACCUUGUUAGUUAGAGUUAUACAUGUGCAAGUCUGAUUUAGAAAUAACAGAUAUUCCAUUUAGACAAGAACAUUCCAAUUCCAUUUUGUAGACAUACACAAAUAGCUAACUGCAGUACAGCAAUGUCUAUUAGUUUACAUAGUUUGUUGGGUCAAGCUCAUUUUAACAUUUUCCACCAUUUUCAUUCUGUAAAGGCAUUAAAAUUUGACUGCAGAUCACAAGUGUAUCCAUUAAACUUCCAGGGUAGUAACAAUUUUAAGGUUAACAAUGAAGAUGUUAACAAUGUUGUUAACUUUUACAAAGUUCUGAACUAUCAGCCCCAUGAGUGUUUUCAAUCAUGUAUUGUAUUUGCAACAAACUGAAAAUGUACGAGAAAGUGUAUAAAUACAUGCUUUACAAGGGUUUUUCUGGAAGUUUACAAGUUUCUCCUUGGUUUAACAGGAUUUAAAACUUAUAACUUCAGAAUAUGUAGUCAUACAGAUUUUUUCCUCAGACUUCUUUAAAAGGCGUCUAUAAUAGUGGCUUUACCCUGCAUUAGGCUUCAAUCCCUCAUACUCAAACAGACGCCCGCUUUUUUCAGGUUAUGUUGCUAUCAUGCCAUAUAAAAUAUACCCUAUUUUGCAUAUGUUUUGACCUAGUCAUGAUCAAACAGGUUUAAUUAAUUCAGAUGUUUAAUAAAAUAAAAAAAGUCUACCAUUAACGUAGUUUGCAUUGAAGUUUGUUUACUUUACGAACAUGAUGUUAAAAUUCUUCGAAUUCCAGAACAACCCUUGAAAAGAAUUGUGUUUUGCACCCAUAACUACCUCUUUGUGUUUAGAGCAGAACUAUUUUAAUGUGAACCAAAUAAACCACUACAUGUAUGUGGAAAGUCAUUACAACCAAGAGCUUAAUUUAUUUUGAGGUUAUUCCUCAACCUUCUUAGGGAAAAUGAAUUUGUGAUAGUUAUUUUUAUUGAAUCUCAAUAUUUACAAAGUUUGAUAUAUUAUUUCUGUAAUGGAAUGCAGAUCUUUUUCUGUUUAUAUAACAUGCACAAUUUUAAGAUUGAUUAUAUACACAAUCAAAAUUCAUUAAAGGAGCUAGACACCAGAUGGUCCUAAAAUUGGCAAAUACAUUAUUUCCAUAAGACAAGCCUGUAAUUGUCAGUACGAGCUAGUAUGAGCCCGAUAAUACAUCAUUUGACAUGAUUUAAAGAGUAUUUUGUCGCUGUCUCUAACCCGUUUAAAAUACCGGUUAGCGCAUUAUGGGUUUCCCAGUUUAUAGUGUGUAUAUUUAGCAUGCAAAAGUCACAUUAUAAGGACAAAUACAUAUGCCGAUACUAUUUUUAAAUUAACUGGGAUUUAUGUGGUAGACAACCCCAGUAAAUUUUGAUUCGGAAAAAUACGCAAAAACUGUGAAAGACGCAUGUGUCAUAAACAAUGUAUGGAUCAGUAAGUAAGAUUCAAUGCGUUGCAUAUAAUGAUGUCAAGUUUUUGACAAAUUUCAUUUUUUCUUGCAAUUGUAUCAUCUGGUGUCUAGUCCCUUUAAGCAAUACAUAUCACAAACUAUGUUCGACUGUGGUUGAUGUAGUGCAGUACAGCCAUAUUCCACUUUGCUGGCGUCACAUCAUAUCAGAUGUCAGAGAAAAAAAUUGUGCAUCAUUAAAAUGAAAUUUAUUAUGAUAUUAACGGGCUUCUUAUAUUUGAUUGCAAAAUGUAAUGUAUAUGAUAAUAGGUUUAUUACGGGUAGUGCUGCAUUUGAUUUGAACGGUCAUAUUCAGCUUUCAUGGAAUUUUACUUAGCAAGUGCGUCAUGAAAUAUGAAUCCGCAAAAAAUCGAGUGGAAUGUAACCUCCCGGAACAAAAUGCAGUGCUUAUAACCCUAUUGUAUGUAUACUGGAAAUAUUUUACAUGAUAUUAAUACUUUAUAGCUUCAACUUUACAUAGAAGUCAUCAUAAAGUCUUCGUUUUGAGGGUUAGUUUUUCCCUUUUUUUCGCCAUAGUCUACGUCUUUUAUUCAGUACAGGAUAUGUUUAGAGUAUGCUUUUAACUUCCUGUUUUGGGAAAUUUGUUUUAUUGUUUAUGAAAGAGGAUUCAGUUUAUUGUUACUAUUUUUCAGUAAAAAAAAAGUGCAUUAUAACAAUUUUUGGUUUGUUUUAUUUUUGUUAAAGUUAUUAUAGCUGCUAGUGUAUUUAAUUUACGGUAUUUUAUUUUUUUUAUAUUUAUAACACUUUUUUCUUAGAUUUUUUGCAUUAAGUUAUUAUAAAUGUUAGUGUAUUUAAUUGCUGUAUUCAGUUACAUUAGAAUAAGCUGUUGUGUUUCUACUGAAUAAAGUU